CGUAGUAGGAAUAAACACAUGUGCGAUCACGUUGAAGCUGAAGCUUCUUUCAGAUCAGAAACAUGGAGGAAGUGAAGGAGCCGAGGAGAGCCAGGAAGAGAGGCCGGGUGGAGGCCAAGGGACCCGGGCAGGAGGGCACCGGCCCCGGGGAGCAGAGCACCGGGGAGCAGGAGCAGAGGAAGCGGGGGAACGCUCGCAGCGUGGCCGGGCUGCGGGAGGACGACGCCUCGGUGCGGCUGCUGGAGCAGCUGCUGUUCGGGACCGAGGACGAGCUGCGGGACCGGAUCCUGGAGGAGGACGAAGACGCAGCUGAACGUUUGUCUUUGGAAGACGAAGACGUUGAGUCUGAGGAGGACGAGGCUCGUCUGCAGCACCGACCAAUCAGAGAGGCCGCCUGGGUGGACGAGGACGACGAGCUGGAGGAAGAGGUGGACAUGAAGCAUCGUUACCGUAAAGACCUGAUGAGAGGAGACGCCGAAUCGGUCAUGACCACACACAAGCUUCAGCAGAGGAUGAGAGAGCAGUUUCAGAAGUCAAUGGGCGGAGCUCCAUUGUGGGCGGAGAGCAGCGGGAAGAAGAAGAAGAAGAACAACGCAGCUGAGGACGAAGACGACGAUGAUGAUGAUGAUGAUGAGGAGGACGACCUGCUGAGGAGGACAGGAAACUUUGUGGCGUCUCCAGAGCGUUUGUCCAGCGGCAUCUUAAGAAUGAAGAAGUGUCUUCCCGCCAACAGCGCUCGUCCAUCCGAGGACAGACUGUCCACUGUCCAGUUCCACCCCUCCGCUCAAGUCGUCAUGACAGCUGGCCUCGACCAAUCAGUGUCCCUCUUUCAGGUGGACGGGAAGACAAACCCAAAGAUCCAGAGCAUCCACCUGGAGCGGUUCCCUGUCCACAAGGCGCAGUUCAGCGUGGACGGCGAGACGGUGAUCGCCACCGGUCUGAGGAACAAGAUGUUCUACCUGUACGACAUGAUGGAGGGCCGGGUCACACCUGUCCACACUGUCAGAGGUCUGAAUGAAAACAGAGUGAAGGAGUUCUCAGUUUGUCCUGAUGGAGGCGCUCUGCUGCUCACUGGGACUCGUGGGUACCUGCACCUCCUCACACUCAAGACGAAGGAGGUGGUUCGCAGCAUGAAGAUCAACGGGGACGUCAGCGGCGUCGCCUUCUCCCACGACGGCAGCAAAGUCUUCAUCAACUCAGAGGAGGGGGAGGUGUACGUGUGGGACGUGCGCAGCAGUCGUUGUUUGAACAAGUUCACAGAUGACGGAUGUGUGAAGGGGACGUCCAUCGCCGCCUCUCGGAACGGCCAGUACCUGGCCUGCGGCUCUCAGUCGGGGGUGGUCAACAUCUAUUCUCAAGAGGCGUGUCUUAACUCAGCCAAUCCGAAGCCUCUGAAGGCCGUGAUGAACCUGUUGACCUCAGUGACCUCCCUGACCUUCAACCCCACCUCUGAAAUUCUGGCCAUGGCGUCCCGAGCUGAAGACGAGGCUGUAAGGCUGGUCCACCUGUCCAGCCUCAGCAUCUUCUCCAACUUCCCCGUCUCCAAGAGGAACAUUGUUUAUCGAGCAAGCUGCCUGGACUUCUCCCCACAUAGCGGCUUCUUCUCAUUGGCUAACAACAAAGGACACGCCCCCCUCUUCAGGUUGUUACAUUACAAAGACUUCUGAGGAGAAACUUCACAAACUCUGAAGAUGGAAACUGCACCGACGACCAGGUGCUGAUGAAGAGGAGGUGAUGAAGAGGAGCUGGGCCUGAGGUUGUUUAUAGAAAAUGUGCAAUUACCUCUUGUGUGUUUUUAUUAUUUGUAUAAAAACUAAAUCAGUUCAA